AUGGAGUUCCCGGAACGCAAAUCAUUUGCUGCAAAGGCGGGUUUAUGCUACAAUUGCCUGAAACAAAAACAUCGUGUAAUCGACUGUCCGUCAGACCAAUGGUGCAAGGUCCAAGGUUGCUAUCGGAAGCAUCAUAGUCUGUUGCAUCCUAGAGAUACAGCAGAGAAAACGAGUGAAGAAGAUAAGUCCCCGUCACCAGGCAUGAAGACGCAAGAGCAAACACAGGAUCAGCAAGCCGUAGAAUGCUCAAGUGCAACGACAUUGUGUGCACAGAUUGGCACAACAAAGCGACAGGUACUGUUGUCAACCGCAGAGAUUUUCGUGGUAGGAACAGGAGGUUCCACCGUUAAGUGUCGUGCGCUGUUAGAUUCAGGAUCCGACAGUCACAUACUCACAGAGAGGUUGGCAAACUCGAGUAAAGUACUUAGUUUCAACGAAAAUUCUGUCACGGAUCCGUUGUUCUAUGCUCCAGGAGAAAUUGAUAUGAUUAUUGGCAACGAAAUAUUUUUCGACUUGGUGAAGAAGGGACGCUUGCAGAUAGAGAACAGUGCUGUAACCUUAGCUGAAACUGAAUUCGGCUGGAUCGUCGGAGGUUCAGUGCUAAGUAGGAGAGGUGCACCACGUGCACGUUUGUGUCAGUUCGGUAAACAAGAAGAGAUCCUGAAUGAAACUAUGGUGAAGUUUUGGGAAAUCGAGGACGUUCGUCUGGGUUCAACUUUGUCGGUGGCAGAAGCUGCUGUUGAGGAGCAUUUCAAGGACACUCAUGCUAGGGAUGAUCAAGGCCGCUAUGUAGUGCGACUUCCGUUCAACGAGCUAAAGGAUCAACUUGGUGAUUCUUUUGUUAUGGCGAAGAAGCGUUAUGAUCGACUGAUGAUUUCCUUGUUAAGGAAUCCUGAGAAACGUAUGCAGUAUUUUGAGUUAAUGACAGAGUACAUAGCUCUCGGUCAUAUGAAGCAAGCGGAGGUCGUAGAUGAAGGCGGAUACUUCAUUCCGCAUCACGCUGUGUACAAGACCUCUAGUUCCACAACGAAAACCAGGGUAGUUUUCGACGCAUCGGCAAAAACAACUUCUGGAGUCUCGUUGAAUGAUGCUGUAAUGGUUGGGCCUACUGUACAAAGUGAUCUGGUGGAGAUAAUUCUGCGCUUCUGUGGCCAUCAAGUGGUACUGACAGCCGAUGUUCCAAAAAUGUACCGUCAAGUCGGUAUACAUCCAGAUGAUUGCAAGUACCAUAAGAUUGUGUGGUGUGAUGAAAACGGUGAAUGGAAGGUGUUCGAGCAGCUGCAAACUGUAACGUACGGUGUGGCAAGUUCACCGUAUGAUGCGACAAAGGCAUUGAUUCAACUGGUUGCAGACGAAGGUACACAGUUUCCACUGGCCGCGCAAGUUAUCGAAAAGGACAGUUAUGUGGACGAUUUUCUAACCGGUGAACAAUUGGUCGAAACGGUGAUCGAUACAUACAAAGAACUAUCAGCAUUAUUGGUUCGAGGAGGGUUCGGCGUUCACAAAUUCUGUGCGAAUAGUGCAGAGGUCCUAGCUGCAAUUCCAGAGGAUCUGCAAGAAAAGCAAGUCAGUUUCGAAGAAUCUGGGAUUAAUAAUACAAUCAAGACACUUGGAUUUAUUGGAAUGGCCAUAGAUCGAUUUAUCUGGAAUCAUUCGGAAGAUUAUUUCAUUUUCCACGUCGAGCCGUUGAUUGAUGGGAAGAUUUCUUCUACGAAGCGUGAGGUGUUGUCGGAUAUCGGUUGGCUUUUCGAUCCAUUGGGAUUCCUGGGACCAGUCAUCACCUGUGCGAAAAUGAUCAUGCAAGAUUUAUGGCGUCUUGGACUAGACUGGGAUGAGCAGCUUCCCGACGAAUUGUUGCAUCAAUGGCAGCAUUUUCGAGAAGAGCUACCGGCAAUCAAUCAAAAACAAAAGCAACGUUGUGUAGUUCUCAGUAAUGCGACAUGGAUUGAAUUACAUGGAUUUUCUGAUGCCUCCAUGCGGGCAUAUGGAGCAGUGGUUUAUAUCCGAAGCAUAACAGCAGAAGGCACAAUCGAAGUUAAUCUGGUCGCUAGCAAAUCAAGGGUGGCCCCACUGAAACCGGUGACCAUUCCCCGUUUAGAGUUGUGCGAUGCUAAAUUGUUAGCUGAGUUGGUUCGAAAGAAAAUACCUCUGGCGUUGAAUCAGUUCGUCGCCAACCGGGUGACAGCGGUGCUGGAACUAACUCCAGGUUACACUUGGAAUUAUAUCAGGUCGGAAGAAAAAGAAAAGAUGCCAUCUCGAGAGGUGAAUUGCCAAUCGACCUGGUGA